AUGAAGCGAUCCGAGAAGAGUUCGUCCAGCGCCUCCAAGCAGAAGCACCAGCGGAAGCAGCAGCGCGAAGCCAACAAGAAGCUGGUCAAGAAAACGAUGACGGUGCUCCAGCCCGCGCUAUCGAUCGGGCUGAGGACGAGGCACAACCCACCCCAUGAAGCUACAUGGCAUUUCGUCAACGUGCGGCAGCAACCAAACGUCAUCAAGUUGCUGGGGCCCGAGCUCUUCCGGGAAAUUCGCCAAAAGUUCCUCAUCAACGAGGCGGAAUUCUCGAACAGCUUGACGGUCCGCCCCUGGAGAAUCAAGGCGACGAAUCCGGAGCGAGGGAAUAGUGGCUCCGCCAUAUUUUUCACCGACGAUGAUGCCUAUGUGGUGAAGACUCUCAACGAGGCCGAGAGGGAUCUGUUGAACAAGAUUCUGUUGGAAUAUACCAAGGUGCUGGGCACGCGAUGGGCGGUGAAGCUGUGCCUGAUCGACGUGCUCACCCAAGGGAAACCACACAAUGUCCUGCGCCACAAGACCAACCUGCUCGACAGCCUCAACGCUGUCAUCUUCCUGCGACCCGGAUGGGAAGAGCGCCGCGACGCAUCAUUGCCCUGCUUUUCUGCGGUGGGCGGUGCGGGACUCCACGGCAGGACGAAGGCCGGCAACCAGGUCUUCAUCAAGAUGUGUAUUAUCGACGUGCUCCAGAGCGUCGCAAAGCCGAAGGCCGCGGAGUACAAGGCCGAGUUCCUCGAAGGAAUCGACAAGUUGAUCUUCCCUGGACUCGUGGUCAAGAAGAAGAAGCCGAGCAUCAAGACCAACGAUGCUGGUUCUUCGGGACGUCGCGGUGGCGGAGGCGGAGGCGGAGGCGGAGGCGGAGGCGGAAGCGGAGGCGGAGGCGGUGGCGGUGGCGGCGGCAAGGGUGGCGAGAAGACGGGCGACCGCAGCGGCAAGGAACAUCACCCGAAGCGCCAGCAGACGACCCGGCUC